GUCCCUGAGCUUGAAUCAAAUAUUUCCGACAGGAUUGCGGCUUAUGAAGUAGUUCGUAACUAUGGUGCUCAAGUGCUAGGAUGACGACUGUUAGUAUUUUUAUUCUGUUAAAUCAGCCUGAGCUUCUCGUUCCACAGGAAACUAGAGCAGAGGAAUCAGGCGGGGAUUUCGUAGCGAAAAGUCAAGAACCGACAACGGUCCACAGCGUCGACGAUCCCUGUCCAAUAUGACAUGCCCGCCGAGACUUGUUGCUCGUGUUUAACUGUGUAUAGUCUAGACCUCAGCGAGUGGGCACCAAUCGCACGAUCUGAAUCGCAAGGCUCGCGUUACCCCCACCGAUCGGUGGUUUGUUAAAAUCAGAGCAAACAGAUGAGGACAAUCGAAUUGAACUGGCAAGGAGCUCACGUCCGUCUCAAGAUCCUCUCAUUCAAGACCCGAGAGCAACCGCCAUCAUGAACACCCUCGAAUCAUGGCUCUACCACACGCCUUACGAGCCACAGACUCGCACCAAACCCAUGCGCGUGAUGGCCCUCGGCUUCUCACGCAGCGGCAGCGAAUCGCUCUCUCGAGCACUGCGCAUCCUCGGCUACGACCACGUCUUCCACGGCUUCGAGAUGUUCACUCGCACGCCGACUCUCUGGCGGCCUUGGACGCUCCUGGGCCGCCGGAAAUGGGGCACAGCCAGCACCGUGACGGGGUCAUCGGAUCUCGAACGCAGCGACUUCGACGCGCUCUUCGGGAACUGCGAAGCCAUCACCGACCAGCCGGGGGCACUGUUCGCGCCGGAGCUCAUCAAGGCGUACCCGGAAGCGAAGGUGAUCCUGAACCACCGCAACGUCGACGACUGGUACUGCAGCUUCGGGUCGGUGAUCAGGCCGCUCACGUCGGGCACGCUGUGGCACGUUCUGCCCUGGUUCCAGGCCGAUCUGUACUGGCAGCGACGGUUCGUGACGGAGGCUCAGGAGCAGUUUUUCCGGGGCUCGUGGGCCAGACAUGGCAAGUGGGUGUAUGAAGAGCAUAACGCGGUGAUCAGAGGAAUGGUUCCUCGCGAGCAGCUGCUUGAGUGGACGCCUGGCGAUGGAUGGGAGCCUAUUUGUCGAUUUCUGGAGAAAGAUAUCCCCGACGAGGAGUUUCCCUCUGGAAACACGCCUGCACACAUGCUAGAGAGCUACCAGAAUAACGUCGUUCGAGUGAUUCAGACGGCGUGGCGCAACGUGGGAUUGACAGUCGUCGGCAUAGCCGGGUUACUGUAUGCCAUGGGCUGGCAAUGGGGAUGGGAAUGCGGUUUGGAUGUGCGAGCGUUCAUGGGGUAUUCCAUUUCUUUCUAAUUAAGGAAGAAACAGCAAGAUGGAUGUAGAUGAAGUGGUGAAGUUGACAUUGAGGUUGCUGAAGUCUCUGAUGGCGUCUGCCGGUCGGAAAUCACACCAUCAACCCCCAAUGAAAUCC